AUGGAGGAACAGCUAACUGCAAUUAAUGAGCGUCAAGAUGCCAUGAUGACCCAAAUGGAGUCUCUCUGCUCCUCGGUACACCAACACGCUGAACUCUUUGAAACCGUCCAGAAAUCACUUGUAGCCCAGCAGUCGGUGAUGACCGACCUCAUGGUGAAGCUCACUCGGUUAGAGCGGCCGGAUCCUGCUGCUCUUCUGUUACCAAGUUCAGUUCCUCCACUCUUACCAAGACCCCCGAUAACAACGACUACACCGCAGCAAAGCAACGUCCCUGCAAUCUUGCCUGACCAAAGAAUUGAGAUUGCCGCCUUCUACAUGACGGGGGAUGCAUUGCAGUGGUAUCAUUGGUUAUAUUGCACUCAACAACUGUCAACCUGGGAAGUUUUUUCCCGACAAGCCGAGCUUCGUUUCGGGCCUCCAACGUUCGUCAAUCACGAAGCACAACUCUUCAAGGUGAAACAACAGACAACACUCGCGGCUUAUCUCUCCGAAUUUGAAAGCCUCUCCACUAGAGUGCGCGGCCUCAGUUCCACUAGCUUGCUCAAUUGCUUCUUAUCCGGUUUACGGGAAGACAUACAAACAGAACUGUAUGUCCUCAAACCGGCCUCCAUACAUGAUGCUAUGGGUAUGGCCAAACUCGUUGAUGACAAACAUAAGGCUAUGCGGGCUUUUCAACCUCCUCGAUUCCUUCCUACCCGGUCACCCCAACUACAAAACCCUACUGGUGUUGCACCUACAUUAAAUCGGACAUCUGCACCUGGUGUUUUUCCCAUUAAGCGACUUACACCAGCGGAAAUGGCUUCACGACGCGAGCAUGGGCUGUGUUUCAACUGUGAUUCAAAGUUCAUCAAGGGUCAUCGUUGUGCUCCUUCGCAAUUCCUUUGUCUUAUGACCGAGGACUCGGACGAACCUGUGAGUGAAACUGAAAAACAAGACCACCCUAUCCUGGCCACCGAACCAGAACCUCCCGACGCUGUUGCGGAGGAGGCUACCAACCCAUGUAUCUCUUUCCACGCCUUGAAUGGCUUAACUAUUCCCUCCACCUUAAAAAUCACUGGCAAGAUCCACGGUAAGGAUGUCGUUGUCCUUAUUGAUGGCGGGUCAACAAAUAACUUUAUCCAAACUCGGUGGGCUCACCAUCUCAACUUGCCCAUCCAACAAUCUUCGCAUCUCCGAGUCACCGUCGGCAACGGCGAGGUUCUCACUUGCGGUGGGGAAUGCCAACGCGUCCCUCUACAAUUAGGCGAAGUAGUUUUUCCAGUGGAUCUUCUGUUGCUUCCGGUUUUUUGUGCGGGCAUAGUUCUCGGCGUUCACUGGCUAGCCGAAUUGGGACCUAUAGUCUUUGACUAUCAACAUCUUUGGAUGGAAUUUCAAAGUGGGGGUGCAACAGUACGUCUGCAUGGAGUGCAACAGCCAUGCAUUCAAGACACAUCUCACACUUCUCUCAAGCGGCAUGUUCACAGUUCUACAGCCCACCAAUUUUUUUAUCUUUCUGUAUCCCUCACUACACCCGAGCACAACCAACCCCCUUCUAUAACGACAACUUCCAACACCGCACCCUCGCAAUUCACUGAUCAGCUCCAACAACUUUUACUACGAUAUGAUGAUAUCUUUUGCCUUCCUGUAGGAUUGCCUCCUGCACGAGCCUUUGACCACAAGAUACCGCUACUUCUGGAAGCUGCACCGGUUAAUGUGCGACCCUAUCGCUAUACCCAUUUUCAGAAAGCAGAGAUUGAACACCUCGUCGACAACAUGCUCAAAGAAGGAGGGAUCCUCGUCAAGAAGAAAGAUGGCUCGUGGAGGUUUUGCGUUGACUAUCGCGCCCUCAACGCCAUCACCAUCAAAGAUCGCUUCUCUAUACCUACAGUCGAAGAGUUAUUGGAUGAACUCUCCAGCGCUCAUAUCUUCUCCAAGCUUAACCUCCGCUCCGGCUACCACCAAGUCCGAAUACAUCCCCCGGACAUUGAAAAGACAGCAUUUCGAAUGCACGAGGGACAUUACGAGUUUCUCGUAAUGUCUUUUGGGCUCUCGAACGCGCCGUCUUCCUUUCAGGCGAUGAUGCACACUCUCUUCCGGUCGGCUCUUCGAAAGUAUGCAUUGGUGUUUUUCGAUGAUAUCUUGAUAUAUAGCAGGGACUGGGUGACGCACCUCGAACACCUACACCACAUCUUUGCACUGUUUCGGGACCACAAGAUAUUUGCUAAACGGAGUAAAUGCGAAUUCGGGUGUUCCAGCAUAGGUUAUUUGGGUCAUCGAAUCAAUGGCCAAGGGGUUCAAGUCGACCCUGAAAAGAUUCAAGCCAUCCAACAUUGGCCUCACCCAACUACAUUGAGAUGUCUGCGUGGCUUCUUGGGCAUCUCCGGCUAUUAUCGCAGGUUUGUCCGUGGAUAUGCGGCCAUUUCCGCUCCCUUGACUGAGCUCCUAUGCAAAAAUUUGUUUGUGUGGACUCCGGAGGCGACCAAGGCAUACGAAGCGUUGAAAUUCGCAUUGACCCAGACCCCGAUUUUACAACUUCCAGAUUUUUCUUGUCAGUUUGAAGUACAUACUGAUGCUUGGUCAACAGGGAUUGGCGCGGUCUUACUUCGAAAGGAGUCACCCUAUCGCGUAUUUUAG